AUGUCGACGUUCGCGCCCACGCUCACAGUGCCAGGGGAGAGUGGUGGCAGCGAGGUGGGACAGGUGGUGAUUGCGAGGAAACACUCGACCGCAUCCGCCUUUGUGCGUCCCGACGGUCGGGUCGAUGUCCAGGUGGCCGACGAGCCGACGACAUUGGCCAAAAACCUGCAGAAGUGGUUGAACCGACAACUCCACGUCCCCCGCGGCGACGAUGCGACAGGAGCACAGGACGGCGCGGCGACAAAUGCCUCGUGGACGCUGGGCCCAAGUGCAACCGUGCCACGCCUGAAUAUCGCCAUUCACAUUGUGGGAUCCCGCGGAGACGUGCAGCCGUUUAUCGCCAUCGCAAAGGUGCUGUCGCAGCCGCCCUAUUCGCACCGAGUGCGAAUCUGCACCCACCCGGUGUUCAAGAACUUUGUGGAGUCCAAUGGCUUGGAAUUCUUCUCCAUUGGCGGAGACCCCGCCACACUGAUGGCGUAUAUGGUGAAGAAUCCGGGCCUCAUGCCGGGCAAGGAGAGUUGGAAAUCGGGUGAGGUGGGUAAGCGACGCGCGGAGAUCGCACAAAUCUUGGAAGGCUGUUGGCGAAGCUGUAUCGAGCCCGGAAAUGGCAUGGACGGAGGACAGGAGGGAUCGGGCGCAGGGAGCCAUUUCGUGGCGGAUGCCAUCAUCGCGAAUCCGCCCAGUUACGCGCACCUCCACUGCGCGGAGAAACUGCGCAUUCCGCUCCAUAUGGUAUUCACUAUGCCCUGGUCGCCCACGCAAUACUUCCCCCAUCCGUUGGCGGCGAUCGAACGAAGUAAAUCUGAUCCGAGUUUUGCAAAUUAUAUGUCCUAUACCUUGAUGGAACUGCUGGCCUGGGAAGGGCUCGGUGACGUUAUCAAUGGAUUCCGAAUGAAGACCCUCCAUUUAGAUGCCAUCAGUCCGCUCUGGGGUCAUAUGUUGCUAUCCCGGCGGAAAGUGCCAUUUACAUACACAUGGUCGUCCGCCCUCAUUCCUAAACCGCCGGAUUGGGGCAGCCAUAUUAAUAUCAGUGCCUUCUCCUUCCUGUCCGCUCCGUCGUCCUACCAGCCACCAGACGCUCUCGCCGAAUUCCUGAAGGCAGGCCCACCGCCCGUCUAUAUCGGUUUCGGGUCCAUCGUGGUGGAGAAGCCGAAAGAGCUCACGGAUAUUGUCUUUGGCGCUGUGAAGCGUCUGGGGAUCCGAGCUCUCGUGUCUCAGGGCUGGGGGGGAUUAGGCGGGGAAGAGGCUCCGGAAGGCGUGUUCCUUCUGGGAGAUUGUCCGCACGACUGGCUGUUUCAGUAUGUCUCGUGUGUCGUCCAUCACGGUGGCGCGGGCACGACGGCCAUCGGAAUAGCCAUGGGCAAACCCACGGUGAUCGUGCCAUUCUUCGGAGAUCAACCGUUCUGGGGAGCGAUGAUUUAUCGAGCGGGAGCGGGACCAGAGCCAGUCCCGUACAAAAAGCUCACCGCGGAAAUCUUGGCCGAAAAUAUUUCGAAAGCCUUGGGCUCAGAUAUCGAAAGAGCAGUGGGAGAAAUGAGUGCUAAGAUCGCCCAAGAGAACGGAGCGGUCGAUACAGCGAUGGCGUUCCAUAAGUCUCUUGAUCUCGAUGCGAUGAGCUGCCAGCUCUGUCCGAGCAAGGUGGCCAUAUGCAGAGUCCGGAGGACGAAACUGAGGCUGAGUGCUCUGGCCGCAGCAACAUUAGUUGAGCAUGGUCAUCUCACCUUCCACGACUGCAGGCCAAUCAACCACAAGACCUGGGAUGUCGACGAAGGGCCAGUCGGCCCCGUGACAGGGGCCAUCGCAUCCAUCACAGGCACUAUUACCGGGACGGUCGUCAACACCAGCCGGUAUUCCAGGAAGAUGUCCAGGUCUCGUCGGAAGAAGCUAGAGGAAAAGGACGCACAGUCGAUCAUAUCAGAAGCCGAGGGACCCGCCCCUCUCGGUGUAGAAACACCGCCGGACAUCGCAAACCAUUUCUCUUUCUCAAGCGCAGGCAAGUAUCCUCCGGAAUACCUGGAACAGGUGGCACAUCAGAUGGCCACCAGGAAGUUACCGAGUCGAACAAGCCGAUCGAAACACCGAGCGCGACAUCCCUGGUCUCCCAUUACUAGGCCUGAAACGAUGGCAUCGAUGGCGUCAAAGUCCUCGAAUAAAAGCACACAACAGGGCGGAGUGCAUGGGGCCACGUAUGAGACUGGGCAAUAUGCGCUCUCGCUCAUCGGAACGGGCUUAAAAGCCCCUGUUGCACUCCUCUACAACCUGGCCAAUGGUUUCCACAACUCGCCGGCGCUCAUCUUCCACGACAACACGGUACGGCACAGAAAGAGUAUCACUGGCUUAGCAAGUGGUAUUAAGGUCGCUGCUCACGGAUUCACCCUGAACCUGUUUGACGGCGUCACUGGAAUCGUGACUCAACCCUACCACGGCGCGCAAGAUGACGGUGUGUCUGGUUUUGGGAAGGGAGUGGUCAAAGGACUGGGUGGAAUGGUGCUUAGAACCACCGCUGCGGUGAUCGGUGUUCCCGCCUAUACACUGAAAGGCCUGGAACGGCAGAUUGAGGAAAGAUUCGAUCACGAUCUGCGAGCCAAGAUCUUAACCACAAGAUUGCGGCAGGCAAUCGCAGCGUAUGAGCAAGGAAGCACGCAGGAGAAGGAGGAUAUCCUGAGCAAGUGGAAGAGUUAUGGCUAUAAGUAG